AUGGGCGGCGAUCUGAACUUGAAGAAAUCGUGGCACCCGUCGCUGCUGCGGAACCAGGAGCGAGUAUGGUCUCAGGAAAAGCGGGCGCUGGAAGAGCGCAAGAAAGUCGACCAGUUGCGCCGUGAACGCGAGGAGGAACGCCAGAUACAAGAGCUGCAGCGUCUUCAGGAAGCUUCGGGCAAGGCCAAGCAGCACUCACGAGUCGACUGGAUGUACCAAGCCCCCUCCAGCGCAACCGGUCACUACUCAGAGGAGAUGGAAGGAUAUCUCCUGGGAAAGCGACGGAUUGAUGGUAUUCUUCUUAAGAAUGAUACCGAUAAUCAGAAAUUGGAAAAGGGCGCAGAUGUGGUGGGCGCAAAUGCCGCAGCGGGCUCAUCUGCCGGGUCCGCACGCGACACCAUGAUGAAGGUUAUGAACGAUCCCUUACUCGAGGUGAAGAAGAGAGAGCAGGCUGCAUAUGAGGCUGCAUUGAAGGAAGCACUCCGGCGGAAGGAAAGGGAGAAGGAACGUGCUCGUGAUGGUGAUCGCGAUCGAGACCGCCGCCAUCGCAGCCGUGAUUCAAGGCGCCGAAGAUAUAGUGAUGACGCAGAAGAUAAGCAUCGGAGUCGCUACUACCGGAGAGAUCGAUCUCGCUCUCCUACUUCACCCGAACGAACCCAUCGCCGGCACCGCGGCGAGCGAGACCGCGGAAAUGACCGAGACCGGGGAGACGACAGACGCCGUACCGAGGAUCCUGACGGUGACCGUGAUCGUACCCGUGACCGCCGAGACGUCCGUGACCGUGAUCGUCGGAACUAUCGCGAUAGAAGAGAUUUUUACUCCAGCCGCCCUCGAGAUACAGACCGAGAUGUGAAACGAGAUCGUGAAGACGAGCGUGACCAUCACAAAUCCCCUCGGAGACGCUCAAACUCUUCAAACCCCUCCCAACAGCGUAACGACCGUCUCAGCCACGCACAGGAAGACCGGGACAACCGUCGAGAUUAUCCUGGGCGCGACUACAAUAAUCGACCCGAGUCAUACAAUCGCAGCCGUGGUUCACACCCUUCUGGACCUACACCAUACAAGCCAGAUAUUAAAGAGCAGGAGGAAGAACGACGUCGGAAGUUGGCAGAAAUGCAGUCCAAUGCGAAUGAAAUAGAGUCAAACCGACGUGAUCGCAUCGCUGAGAUUUCCGCAAAGGAGGAGAAGGAAAAGGAGUGCGAAGAUAAGCAACGUUCUGACCGUGGUCAAUUCUUGUCUCAGGUUCACCGACGCGUGCAAGAGGACAGUCUGGAUGAACGAAUUCGCCGCAACCGUGGUGGCUUAUCGAAGGAUGAGGACUAG